AUGUUAAUUUUCGAUAUUUUACUAUUUAUUGGAGUUGUUAAAGCCCAAAUUGUGGUCACGACGUGGGGAGCCGACGGAUUUCAAGAGGCCACUUUCAAUGCUUUCGAAGCGUACAGAAAUGGGAACUCGCGAAUGGCCUCGCUUGUCGAGGGUUUAUCCACGUGUGAACGCUUGCAAUGUGAUACAACAGUUGGUUACGGUGGAUCGCCGGAUGAGAACGGAGAAACGACACUGGACGCUUUGCUCAUUGAUGGCCCCGGCCAUAAAAUGUCGGGGGUGGCUCAGCUGAGACGGGUGAAAGACGCGGCACGGGUGGCAUGGGCGGUGAUGAAUUACACGGAACACACGAUGCUAGUUGGGGAACAAGCCACCCAAUUCGCGUUAAGGAUGGGCUUUUCGGAGACGGAUUUAACGACGAAUGCGUCACUGGAAAUGCUUCAAAAAUGGAAAAACAACAAUUGUCAGCCGAAUUUUUGGACGAAUGUUUUUCCGAAUCCAAAACAAACUUGUGGUCCAUAUCAUCGAAAUGAGAUUUUCAAGACGAAUUCGAAGUCAGAAAUCGUUACGAAUCGUGUGAUCGAUCGCUACAAUCACGAUACAAUUGGCAUGGUAAUCAUUGAUGAAAGUGGAGAAAUCUCUGCGGGAACUUCGACGAAUGGCGCUAGUCAUAAAAAAUUCGUGCAUCAUAUUGCGAUUGAACGCGAGCCACCGAAAACGCCGCUUCGGACAGCCAGCUCGCAAAGUCUUCACUCCACUGUACUCAAACAACAGCAUCGACAACACACGCAUGUUAGAGAUCAUCAAAAUGAUGUCUUUUCAACGGUAAAAACUGCCCGAUUGCCCGAAGAGUUCAGUACAACAGCGAUUUAUCAGAAAGGAAAUCUUUUGGAUGAAAAGGGGCUGACGAAGGGACGCGGAGUCCUUGUCUCGUCAUUCCGAAGUCAUCACUCGUCCGCCUCGACAAAUGCCACAAAAACGAGUUACGAAGAAGAGGAGCGCUAUCGUUGCGAGCAUUUGCUGACUCGAGCAAAUGGAGGACCACCGCUGAAAGAAAGCGAUUUUCACGGAGACACACCCGUUGUGCACUAUCAUUAUGUUGCCGGUUCUCUCGAGUGUUUUCACUCAAUCAGUCGAUCGAACUCAAAGAAACGCCGAAAUGAGCGACAUGGGGAUUCGGGGAGGAAAAGAACGAAAGAUAAAGGCGAAAUGGAGAGAUGGAUUGAAUCCCAGCACUCACAACAAGUCACCACUCAUCGAAAACCGCCGCCAAUCCCGGUUUUCGAUGAAAAACCGCAAAUUUCGACGAUUGGAACGGAAAAAUCGACAAAAUCUACGGAAGAUGGAGAUCUCUAUGAGGAAUUGGAUAGCAUGUCUUGGCGUGAUUACCCGGGCACCCCACAACCAAACAACAGUCAAUCAAUUCAAAGAACCGCGAUCACCUCGGUCACCCCGUCAUUCACCUCUCCUUCUCCAUUCCAUUUAUCCACUCCACCGUCGAUUCCGCAACGAAGCUCGUCACUCUUUUCUGGCAAUGGAUUGACUCAUUUCUCUUCAUCAAGAGUCUCGAUUCAGGAACGAGAGGAGAGAAGGAGAUUUCUUCAUUCACCCACUUCUCCACUCCGUGCCUAUGAUGACAUUCGUCAGAUGAGCGGUGGAAUCGAUGCACAACAGCGGCUCUCGUCCUACUCAUUGCACUCGAUUGCAGAUGAACGAGACUCGAUCCAGAAAAAAACCUUCACGAAAUGGGUGAAUAAACACUUGCAAAAGUCCUCCCGAAGUGUCACUGAUUUGUUCGAGGAUCUCCGCGAUGGAAUCAAUUUGAUCAUUCUACUCGAAGCGUUGACGGGAGAUCGAUUUAAUCGCGAGCGCGGUGUGACUCAGUUUCAUCGAAUGCAAAACGUGCAAUGCUGUCUCGACUAUCUCAAACAGAAAAACAUCAAGCUCGUCAAUAUCAGAGCCGAGGAUAUUGUGGAUGGGAAUGGGAAAUUGACGCUCGGACUCAUCUGGACGAUCAUUCUCAAUUUCCAGGUCUCCCAAGUGCAACGCUUGCACCAGCAAAAGCACGCGAAUGGAAACGGGGAUUCGCUGAAGGCUUAUGAAUUGGUUCAUGGGAACGCCUCGUUUACAGCGACAUCAGCCCGUGAAGCGCUGCUCAAUUGGGCACAAGAGGCAACCGACGGCUAUCCGCAAGUUCGCGUGAGUAACUUCAGCUCAUCGUGGCGUGACGGAUUGGCUUUCAACGCGAUUUUGCACAGAUAUCGACCGAAUUUGAUCAAAUGGAGUCAGGUAACCGCUCCCGGUGUCUCGAACUUGGACCGCUUGGAGAAUGCGUUCGAGAUGGCCGAGCGGGAAUUCGGAGUGACAAGGUUGAUCGAUCCGGAGGAUAUGGACACAACGAAUAUCGAUGAGAAAUCCGUGAUCACUUAUCUUUCAACCCUCCACAUUGCUCUUCCGCCGCUACCCGAGCAGUCAAAGAGCAACACCGGCGAUUUGCUAUCCCGUUUGAAGAGAGGCUGUGAAAUUGUGAACGAAAAGCUGGACAUUAUCUUGCAAACGAUUGAGGAAAUCGAGACGAAGCUGGAGAGAAUGCCAUCGGUGGAAGUGGAGAGAAGAAUAGCCACAACAUUGAACGAGCUCGAAGCACUCCUUCAACCGAUCGAAAUUCUCGGUAAAGAUGUCGACGAGUUGGAGUCACUUGAACACCCCGAUUCGCCGGUUUUCCGGAAACUGGUCAAUGCGCUGGAGCAACGCCGUCGCGCGUACAUCGACCGACUGAGGAAUCGGAUCUCGAACCGUUUAGCGAUUGUCAACGAAAAUAUUCGAAAAGAGAGUCAUCGACUAGAAACGAUACGAACAAAUUCUUUUCAACGAGUCGAAGAAGCGAUUCGAUGGGUUAGAGAGAAAUCGAGAAAGAUCCACGAGAUCGCUUUCAUCGACGAUUUGGAGUUACUAGAGAAAUCGUUUGAAGCGCACAAAGUCGACAAUCGAGAUACUCAGGAUUACAGGCAACAAGUCGAUCAGUGCAUCUCGAGACAGAGUGAGGUGCCCGAUGAUGACACAAAAGAGUACUGCAGCCUCUUGAGAACCUUGGAAAGCGAAUACCAACAAUUAAGGGAUUUCUCGGCUGGAAGGAUGCUGGAUUUGGACUCUCUAAUCGCUUUCGUUCGUGCCGCUCAAAUUGAGCUCCUUUGGAUCUCGGAAAGAGAGGAGAUUGAGGUGACCCGCACGUGGGGUGAGCCGGAAAAAUUGGACUUGCCAGUGCUGCAGAAUCACUGCAAGAAGUUGAGACACGAGAUGGAGUUGAGGGACAAACAAUUCACCGACAUUCACAAUAGAGGAGCCGCCUUGCUCAAUCAGGGACACCCAGCUGUGGGCGUCAUUGAAUACUAUCUUCGCCGAAUGCGCUCCCAAUGGGAAUGGCUGUCGGCGUUGGCGCAGUGUCUCGAUGUGCACACGAAAGAUGCAUCAGAUCAUAUGGCGGUUGUCGAAGAUCUGCAAUUGGCCGAGCAAUGGAUUGAGGGACAACUGGCGUGGUUGAGUCGCAAAUUCUCAGCCACCAACUAUGGAGCAGAGGAUGGGGAAAAGGAUUUGACCGAAUUGGAGAAUAUCAAGGAAGUUCUCGCAAAACACAACGAGACGGUGCGCCUGUUGGCGGAAAAAGUGCGCACUCUGUCCCCAUUGUGGCAACGAAACGACAGUGUAACCAGCCCGAUCCCUGUCACCGCUUUGGUCGAUUUUGUAGAGAAAAACGUUUCCAUCAAAGAGGGAGAUCAGGUUUUCCUGACAAACUCAGUGGAUCCGAUUCAGUGGAAAAUUCGCGAUGUCUCGCAUCGAGAAGGCUUCGUUCCAUCGGUCGUUUUCCGUUUGCCGCCUCCUGAUCAGCGUCUAAACGCGCAACUCGUGCGCUUCAUCCAGAAAUUCCAAAAAUUAUCGCAAUUGUGGACGGACAAGCAUCGACACGUCCGAUUUCAUCUUGUCGCCAAUACGAUGCGAUGGAUACAAAACUGGAAUGUCGACGAUUUUAUGGAUUUCGCUGAUGAGAAACGCGCAAAAAUCUUGGGAGCACUCGACGAGGAUAUUGGAAAACUUGUCGGCGAGCUCGAACAACGAUCACAGAAGACACCUGAGCCCGACUUCUCUGAGCAAUUCGAUCAGCAAAUGACGACGAUUUUGCGAAAACUUGAUGACUCUUGGCGGGUUCUAACUGAUCGAAUCGGCCGCCCCGUUGAACGAUCCCUUGCCGAGCACGAUCAAACUUUAGAAGAACACAAACAUUUCGAGGAAUCACUUCAUUCUUUGGACUCCGAUGUAUCAACUGUCAAAGGACUCUAUUCGCAAAUCAGUGAUCCAACGGCCGCACAAAGGUUAAACCUCGAAAAGCUGAAAGAUCUUUGGGAAAAUCUGUGGGAUUUGGCGCGAAUGUAUGUGGAGAGAUUGAAAGUCCAAGAAGCUGUGAUGAAUGGGACGAAUCAAUUGACGGAAACGGCGAAAAAGCAUGAGAUCGCUCUCUGUAGCCACGACGAUUUGUCAAGCGAUUUGCAAAAGAUGGCGAAAAUUCGCGAGAAUUUAGUGGCCACGAAAAUGACUCUUGGCCAAGAGCAAUGGCUGCUGGACUCGUUGAACGCUCAGGUGGCUGCUUUGAGGCAACAUGUCAUCAGGACACGCCAACACAUUCCAACACAUCCUGAUGUGGACCAUGUCGAGGACGAGGCCCAACAACUCAACGUUCGUUGGGAGAACAUUUGUGUACAGGUAAACACUUCUUUUAGAAUCGAGAACGCUUGGAAACGGUGGAGAAAAACGAUGCAAACGAUGGGGUUCGUGCGAGGAGAGCUGCUCAAUGAAAUGACAUGGCUCGAAAAGGUCGAGAAAACGAUCGAUCAACUGCGUCGGCCUGAGGAGUUACGUUCGAAUGAGUUGCAACAGCAAUUGGAUAUUUUGGCUCAAGAGUACUCUCAAUUACAGGAAAGAACAGCCGCCAUUGAAGCGCUAAAUCGCGAGGGUGGAAAGUACAUUCGUGAGGCAAAACAACACGAUUUGAGAAUCGAUCAGUACACGGAUGGGGUCAUCAGAGUGCACGGAUCGGGAAUAAGGGAUCUGUUCACGAGAGCCAUUCCCCAGCCGAUGAAUGGAGCUCAAACUGUCGCGAGUGAGCUCGAGAUUUUGAAUAAACGCUUCGCUCAACUUUCGUCGAUGAUUCUCGAGAAGCAAAAUCGAGUUCAAAUCAUGGAAGAAGCCCUCAAAGAAUGCCUUGAACGCCAAAAAGAUCUUGACUCGGCGAUUGCCGGUCUGGGAAAUCUCGAACAAACGAUUUACCCGACAAAGUUGAAUCUUCAAUUGAAUCAGGAAAGGCCAGAGGAUGCGGCUAACGAAGUUCAGUCCGUGAAAGCCUCUCUUGACGAGUGGGCGUCAAGAGUGCGCGAACAACUCGAAAUGGCGGAUCGUUUAUGCGCCGAGCAAGUCGACCAACUGCCACCCGAUCAGUACGCAAUUCUGAAGCAGAAGCGAGAUGAGCUGGCAAAUGUCUACGAGAAUACAGUGAGGAAUGUGGAAAUGGUUUAUGAGAGACUGCACGCGAUCACUCAGCUACUCAUCGAGUUCUCCACUCAUUCCUCAUCGAUGCAAUCUGCGGACAACUGGUUACGUCAACUCGAGAAUCAACUGAAUGACCUCUUCGGGAAGAAAGGAGUUCCAGUGGAAGAAAGACUGAGAAUCGCGGAUGAGAUGAAUCGACGAGUGGCUGAUGAGCAAUCACAAUUAGAUGAUGCGGAUCAAGCGGCAAUGAAACUGCUGGGAAUUCUCGAAGGAACACCCGCCUACGAUGAAGUGAAAGAGAGGCACCAGAAAGAGCACAAUGAAAGGAGGAAGAGACACAGUCUUGUACUCGAUCAACUCCAACGAGUCGUCAACGAAGCAACAACGGAACAAGCAAUCGGUGAAGGGGUCAAAGAUGCGGUCAAGGGAUUAGGAGAAUGGGCUGAUCAAUGGGAGGACAAGAUGUCCCAGCAACAUCCAAUCCCCUUGAAACAAGAUCUCUUGUCAACGCUGAAGAAAGAGGAACAGUUGGAGCACUCAGAAGCCGAUGCAAGACGUGCCUUAGCUGAUCAACUUGAAAAUGAGGUCCGAAAGCUCUCCACAACGAAUCCAUCAUUGGUGGAAAAGAGGGUCGACGCGGUGGCUCAAGCCGUUGAAGAUAAAGCGCAAAAAGCGGCAGAGUUAAGCGAAUUGGACAAGAAGUUCUCUAAACUCAAGGAGGAAUUCGGGAGCUGGUUGAACGAUUUGGAUGAGACAGUUUCCUCUUUAUCUCCUUUAUCCUCAACAUCGGAUGGCUUGAAAGAGCAACAAAAGAGUGCUCACAAAGAAUUGGAAAGGUUAUCGAUUGCCAUUGCUGAGCUAGAGACGAUUCCUGGCUCGAGAAGCAGCAGUAUUCCAAGAAAUGUAUUCGAUCUGAGAUCUCGCUACGAUCAACUGGGAUCACAAAUCGAUGGACGAGCUCAGAAAAUCAACGAACAACAAAAACAAGCACAUCAAUUCGAGGACAAAGCCGCCGCCGUGCAACAAUGGAUCAAAGAGCAGAGGGAAAGCUGGCGAAUGAGUUCCCGUUGGAUCUCUCAGCUGAUGGAG